GCACCAAACCAGAAGUCCUUCUUCAGUCUGCGCUUGCACUUCGGAAUGACCUGCAAAGCCCCGAGGUGGAACUCGGGGUAUACAAGCGUCCAUCAUGCUUGCUGUGCUAUUCAUCGUAAGGAAUCAGGUGCGGACAUGCUCAUUGUCAUUGCCAUGCAUCUAUUUGAGCGGGAAGCUUUGGGUUUAUUCUGCACUUCGGCCAUAGAGGAGUUACUGUAGCAGUCCGAGUCUUGGUACCUCGGACCUGUCCUUACACUAUUCUCCCCCCGAAGUCAUUCACUUGUGAAUGAUGGUAUUGGGGGUGUUGAGGGUAGUGCAAAUAAAAAGAGGGAAUAAUGUCUGUAACUUAAAUGUAAACCUAGCCGUUGCUGACGAUGAAAUAUGAAGUAGUGGGUUACACUGGGAGUAUCUUAAAUAAAAUAUGACCGGAGUGAUCACGGUUGUGAUGGUGUAAAAACAAUGACCAGAGUUAAACGUAGCUGUAGCCAUAAAAAUAUGAUGACCGG